AUGUCUAAUUGCUCUUCGCCCGAUCGUAGGUUCUUUACUGGCACCGAGAGUCUGCUCGAGCAAUCCAAUGGAUCGCACCGUGUCAAAUACAGGGGAGCGGGGGAACGCAUCGCUUAUGAUUACGCGCUGGAGACAGAGCACAACCCAGUCGAUGUAUCGCUCGUACUGCCGCACUACCGGGCCCGCAACCAGCCGCUCAACCAUAGGCUGAGCAUGUACGUCGGCAGCGAGCAAGGCGCCUCCAUCAAAGUCAAAAUUUGCCGCAGCUUCAUGCCCUCGCGCACGACGAAAUUCCGUCUGGAGGUGUUUUCCGCGGCUCACACUGACAUCACUAUCUGGCUACCCUCCGACUUCAAAGGGCAUAUCCACCGCUCUUCUCACUGCAAGAAAACGUCAUUCUCCUCAGGCUUCACCAACCGCAUUAUGCAGAAUGCCUGUAUGACGCAGUCCCGCCGUCCCUCUGUCGUGUCCAUGGGCAAUCGCAGCAUUCACCACUUCACUGACCUCUACGUGUCCGCCGACGUCCCGUCAUACUCGGAGAAAGAGAACAUGGGCUUCACCAGCGGCGGCUUCGACGAGGACGAGGUUGUGGUGUACACCGCGGGCCAUGUGACAUUCCGCAUGUGGGACAUCCAUCGCGGCGAGCCCGAGGCGCGUUGCCGGGAGGCUUGCAAGCGCGUGUUCGGCCUCGGAUGGUGUGCGAAGCGCGCUCCCGAGGUCGCUAUCGACUGGGACUUCCUCCUUGAGGACUAA